AUGUCGGCGCGCGCGUGCGCGCUGCGGUUGUUUCCUCUCGCCGAGCCUCUGCCGGCGAAAGUGGCGCACCUGGUCGUGGACGACGACGGCGGGACCGGGACGGCGCUGACGGUGACGAAAUACCUCGCGAAGACGCUCGGGGACGAGGGCGUGGACGAGACGUACGCCGAAGAGUUGUUGGACAUCGGUGCGGUGUGGUUCGCGACGGCGCAGCCGCCGAGGGAACUGAGAGGGGUGCCGAGAACGGCGCGCGCGAGGCGGUUGUCGCCUCGCGACGCGGAUGCGCCGCUGCGGGCGGGCAACUAUCUUCGCGUUCACGUGCAACCGAAGCGGUUUCCGGCGGCGUUCGCGGUCGAUUGGAAGGCGUGCGUGUUGAAAGUGGGUGAGGGGUACGUUUGUGCGCAUAAACCGGCGGGCGUGAGCGUGGUGCCGACGGUCGAUAACGUCAAGGAAUCGUGUCUGGCGAUGCUCGAACGCGCCGCGGGUCUGAAGGAGGGAACAUUAAAGCCGAUUCAUCGCUUGGACGUCGGCACGGAAGGGGUUUUAGUGCUCGGUACGACGAGUGCCUUUGCGAAGGAGUUCGGUGAUAUGUUGGCGGACAGGAGCGUCACCAAGGUGUAUCGCGUGCUGACGGAGAACGCCGUGCCUCGCGGCGUUCACAUCCACGACGCCGAGCCGGCGACCGAGGGUCCGCGAAAGAUGAUCAUGACGAAGGUCGACACCGACGACAUCGAUGGUGAAAUAGAACGAUCGGCAGAACGCGGUGGUGGCGAGCGGGGAGGCGUGAGUGGGCCGAAGCGCUGUAUUUUGCGAGUGUUGAAGAGCGAAAACAUCGCCCCGGCGCGAUGGGAGACAAAGGUGGAACUCUUAACCGGACGAACGCAUCAAAUUCGCGCGCAAUUCGCGGCUUUGAGUGCUCCUUUGGUAGGUGAGACGCUGUACCGCGCUCCGGGCGACGAUGGCGAGGUGAGGGUGCAGAAACCGAGCGAAUAUCUCGGUUUGCAAGCCUCAGAGAUGCACAUCAAGCGCGACUGCGCGCUCGGCCCGAGCGGCACGAUCAUUCGAGCGUUCGAACCGUGGUGGGUGCGUGGCACUAAAGUAGAUGCGUUGUAUUAG